AUGCUGAACGAUGUCAACAACACAAGUGGAUGGAAGGACGCUCGGCUGGAUCUUGGUCUGCAGGCUCGUCUCGGUCGAUCGUACACUACCUAUUUGAGYGCCGUGAAGGCCAUGGCACAAGCUGUCAGGGAUCUACACGAAGCAUUGCAGCUCAAUGCUGCCGGCAAGGGUCCGUUUGCUCUGGACCAGUGGUCGAUCAAGGAUUCAUACAAGCGUGCAAGUUUUACCUUCAAGUUUAGCUCCUACAUGGAUCUCAUGGACGAGAUCACUGCUCAAAACAAACGUAUACACCGCCUCACCCAGCAAUCGCACAUCCUAGAGCCUCUGCGAGAUGCCAAGAGACAAGCGCCAGAUCUUGAAAAAGAUCGCGAGCAAGCGAGAAGUCUGUUCGAAGCACUACAGAACGGGCUUACAAGCUCUUGUCUAGUCGCACAUAAGGCGAGCCUGUACAUAAGGCCGGCGAAAGCAGCAUCCAUUAGGAUCAUGUUACAUCACGACGGGACUCACACAGGGAUGACGCAACCGCCAUGGCUACUAGAAGAGGCUGAGAUUCGAACACUCUCUACCCAGCCCAAUCCUACGCAUCAUCCCAACAAAACUAUCCGGAUCCAGCUUCCGGACCCCGCCGCGACGUCCAACCCAGCCCUUACACCUACGCAGGCUCGGGAAGUGAAGGAUCUCUGUCAAAGCCUCAAAGCAUGGCGUAGUACUCAGAUCGAUCAUGACACUUGCUGGGGUUACAUUUGCGACAACGUCGGAAUGUGCCGGCACGGAUUUUUCUCGCCUCGCAAGCCUAUUCUGAGCCAACCAGCCGCAACAGCGCUGACUCUGGACAACAUCAUCAAGCAACAAAGUAAGCGCACAUUGAGCCUUCUGCAAAGAAGGAGUCUCGCCUUUGGGCUAGCGGCGGGCAUGCUGGGACUGUACGACACACCAUGGCUAGGCAAGCAGUGGGGUACAAGCGAGAUUCUCUUGUUUGAACWCGCUGGGAACCUUGAUGUCGAGAAUGUGUUCAUCUCGGCGGAUGUCGCACCCAUCAUCCAAACGGCAUCUCCGUCCGCACGAUCAUACUUCCAACCCUGCCAACCUAUACGAGAAGAGACAAUCUUCGCGCUCGGGAUCCUGUUGAUUGAGCUUGCUCUCGAAUCUUCUUUUGAUGAGCUCAAGAUCGACGAUGAUGCAAGGUUCGGUAUCGACAAUGCGGACUUUACUACAGCAGAUCGGCUGAUCGACGUUGUAUACCACGUCUCUGGACCGCGAUAUGGAGACGUCGUGCGGAGGUGUAUACGAUGUGAUUUCGAUCAUCGGGUUACUGAUCUUGGGGAUGCCAAGUUGCGGAGUAAAGUAUAUGCUGGAGUUGUCGUGGAGUUGAGACAGGAGGUGGAGAAUCUGAAGAUGUGA